GGCCACAUGCACGACAUUCCAGCCAACCAUGCACGAAUUUCUCUCACUACUCCUCUCUUCCCUCUCAUUGGAGCUGUCCAUCUAAAGAGGUUCCACCUAGGAGGGGACACUUCUUUAAUCAUGUGUCAAGAGUAUAAAGCUGGGGCUUUAUUUAUGGUAUGGUAGCCAGAACACAGAAGUCCGACCAAGGUAGAAAGUAGUACAGUAAGGUGUUGAGAAGCAGGUAGAGGGAUUGGGAAUUUUGGCUGGAAGAGGGCCUGUUUUUUCAUCAUGGGUAGGCGCCAAGAGGGAACAAUUACGAGCAAGAAAUGUAUGGAAGCAUCACCAAUCAUGAAGUUAAGGAGAAGAUCAAGAUGUCCCCAAUUGUCUGCAGCAGUUAUCGUAGUCGCUUAAUCAGCCCUUUGUUGCUGCUGAGUGCUUGGCUCCCUCAUGACAAAGAACCAUAUCUCCACAAAGAGGACAAAACACAGUCAAUGUCAACUUCUGAAGAUUCACAAAUUCAAUCUGGCUGCCCUAUCUGUUCGGGCAACAACAGUUGCCAAACAGUUCGUUCAAGAACAAAAUUGAUGAGUGUUCUGAUAGAAAAAAGGAAGCCUCAAGAAGCCCAUGCUGUCUUCAACAGUAUUACAGAAGGCGGACAUAGGCCGACUCUUAUAACAUAUACAACUCUUGUAGCUGCCUUGACCCUGCAAAAGCGUUUCAAGUCUAUUCCUUCACUCAUAUCUAAAGUGGAAGAGAAUGGUAUGAAGCCCGAUUCAAUCUUCUUUAAUGCCAUGAUCAAUGCUUUCUCUGAAUCUGGAAAAGUUGAGGAAGCCAUGAAAAUCUUUCACAGAAUGAAGCAGAGGGGUUGUAAGCCCACAACCAGCACUUUCAAUGCCCUAAUUAAAGGGUAUGGAAUUGCAGGUAAGCCUGAAGAAUCUUUGAAACUGUUAGAGCUAAUGUCGAAGGAAGAAAACAUGAAACCCAAUGACAGGACCUAUAAUAUUCUUGUUAGAGCCUGGUGUAAGAAGAAGAACAUUACGGAAGCAUGGAAUGUGGUAUAUAGGAUGGUGGCAUCUGGUGUGCAACCUGAUGUUGUCACCUACAACACUUUAACAAGGGCUUAUGCUCAGAAUGGGGAGACGAGGACGGCUGAAGGGAUGAUACUGGAGAUGCAGAGAAACAAAGCAGGGCCUAAUGAGCGUACUUGUGGUAUAAUUAUUGAUGGGUAUUGUAAAGAAGGUAAUAUGACAGAAGCCCUGAGGUUUGUGUAUAGAAUGAAGGAUAUUGGCGUACAUCCCAAUCUUGUUGUUUUCAACUCGCUUAUCAAAGGAUUUCUAGACAUUAAAGACAGUGAUGGAGUUGAUGAGGCACUGACAUUGAUGGAAGAAUUUGGGGUCAAACCAGAUGUGAUAACAUUUAGCACCAUAAUGGAUGCAUGGAGCUCAGCCGGGCUCAUGGACAAGUGCCAGGAGAUCUUCAAUGACAUGAAGCAGGCUGGCAUAGAACCUGACAUCCAUGCAUUUAGCAUUCUUGCCAAAGGAUUUGUGCGCGCUGGGGAGCCUGGGAAGGCGGAAUCACUCCUGACUUCCAUGGGCAAAUCUGGCGUACACCCAAAUGUUGUAAUCUUCACUACCAUCAUCAGUGGGUGGUGCAGUGCUGGUAAAAUGGAGCGUGCUUUUAGAUUUUAUGAAAAAAUGUGUCAAAUGGACAUUCCCCCCAAUUUGAAAACUUUUGAGACCUUAAUAUGGGGAUUCGGAGAAGCAAGACAACCAUGGAAAGCAGAAGAAUUGCUCCAGAUUAUGGAAGAGAAGGGUGUGGUUCCUAAAAAGACCACCAUCCAGCUUGUUGCGGAGGCUUGGCGUGCCAUUGGUUUAGUGAGCGAAGCCAUGAGAGUUUUGAAUUACUCCGAAAGAGAAUGCAGAGUUGUACAAAAUCCUAAGAAGGGUGAGAUACCAGAGGAGAGUUUGAGGAUUCACAAGAAACAAAACGUUAGUGCUGCUUAUUCUAAUCUUUUGCAUAUACCUGGAGUAGUUGCAGCUAAUCAAAACGGGUCAUCUAUGGCUAACAUAAGAAGCAGGCUGGUGCUAAAAGGAUCUGAGAUUUCAUCUGAGAGUAUGAGGAAUGUUACUAUUUCCAUGGUUCUUGCUCGUUCUUAUGCAUUUGGUGUGCAACCAAUGAUUAUAUGUAGGAAGCAGCUCCAGAGUCAGGUCGGGAUAUGCAGACAUUUUGUAAAUACAUGUGGAGCAGUGUUCAUAAACUGAUGAGCAAGAUUCUAUUUGGUGGCUGUGGUGAUCCUAUCUUCCACCCUGUGUAACUAGAUUCUAUUUGGUCACUCUAACUGAGGUGUGCUGAACUGCCGAAAAUUAUUUCUGCAGGAAGCUAGACAUACUACAUUUACGUUCAUUUCUUUGGGAAUGUAUCUGCUUACCAUUAAAUGUAUUAUAAAUCAGACCUAAACAAUUAUACUUACCAAUUUUUUCAUUAGUAAUGAAAAACUUGUUACUGUGAAAAACAGAG